CAAACCAAAGCUCUGCUGGUACACAAGGUGUCAGUGAGUCAUGGCGAUCUUUAAACACGUGUUGUUUAUCUCAUCUUUGAUGCCGCUGAUAUUGAGCUACCCUUUCUACCCUCCAACAUGCUAUACUAAGGUGCUGAGCAUGGCCCGGGACCUCACCCAGUGGGCAGCAGAUUUGAAAAGGGACCCAGAGACUAGUUACUGCAUGGCACACAUGCCAAAUCUCUACAUUGAUGUUCAUAAUGGUUGUGUGAUGUACAAAAUGAGCACCUACCUCCAAAUGGUGGAGGGCCUGCGACAGCGCCGCUGUGCUUACACCAGAGACGUAAGGAAGCUGGGUGUCACUAUGCGACAGCUCUUCAUCAUCAUGUCAGAGAGAUGCCACGGGGACUUGGUGUUCACAGCCUUUGACUGCUCUGCCCUGGAGCGCUGACAUCCUGGAUGCUGAAAUAUUUCAAGCUGCUCACCGAGAACGUUGAUAGACAGCGAGAGUCUCAGUGGACAUUCUUUAUUUCUUCAAGUAAUGACAGAAAAAAAAAAAACCUGGAAGACAUGAGUAUGAGAUCACCUCAGUAAACCAUAUUGUGAUUCUGAUGUUAUAAGCAUGCAUUCUCUUUGUAAUGACAUUUAUUACCAACUAGAUGAUAAAGCAAAAUAUUUUACAGAAUAAGAUGCAUUAUUUUUUUUAAUAUUACACAGGCUUCUUAUAGAAUGAAUAGAGUCACAUGUUUGGUUGAUAGACAGUUGUUUGAAUAAGUAUGCAAAAACUUUUAAUGCUGACUAAUGAGUUAAACCCCUAUGGAAGCAAAUUAAAACUGAGCCUUCUGAGUACCUUUGAUCUGCCAAAUGUGAUAAAAGACAGCAUUCAUUAUAUUUCUUGCAGGGGGUUUUUCACACACAGGGUGCCAGAUAAGCAUAUUGCAUAGUGCAUAGUGGAGGUCAUACUGACUGUAUUAGGGCAGCGCUUAAGUAACAGUAACAGAUAAGUAAAAGAUCUGUCAGCCAAGACACUUCUAUCUUGCUUUUGUCGUCUUUAAAAACAUCUGUAAUAGCCACAAACAAGCUACUAAAUUGACGCUGAGGUGUGACUGUUCUGCUUUUAUAUGUUCCCAAUGUGUAAAAUGGACUUUGCAACACAAUAUAAGGUUUGGUAUUAAAAGUAAGCUCCAGCAUGA